AUGUCUGCUGUGUUCUGUAUAGCACAAAAGGAAGAAAAACUGAAGUGCAAAAAAUCCGACGGUGAACUGAGAUUUUUGGUCUCUAGACCUACUAGAGAAGGUAGAAGACAACAAUCUGACAGCAUCUGCAUUAAAAACAUUUCGGACAGAAGCAAAAUGUCUGAAGACAGUGAAAUAGAGAAACAGAUCUGUGACGUCUUGAGGCGAAACGGCAAAAGCAACGCGUUGAAAAUUGCGAAAGAAAUCAAACUUGAUAAACCCAUCGUGAACAAACAUCUGUACAACCUAGAGAGAUCAAAACAUGUGGUCAAAACUGACGAACUGCCUCCAGUUUGGGAUCUUCUGGAGAAGAAGAAAGAGAUCAAACAGACACUCAAACCAGAGCAAAAGCCUCAGAAGACAAGUGAGGAGAAACAUGUGGAGGAUCUGCUGAGAUCAGGAGCUUUAAAAGCCAGUCACAUCGCCAGAGACCUGCGACAGUCAACACAAACCAUCAACAAACAGCUGUACAGUAUGAUGCAGAAGGGAAGAGUCCAGAAAUGUAGCGUAAGCAACUUGUGGAGUCUGAAUGAGGAGUGGAGCGAGGAAAGUUCCAGCCAAGAGAGUGAUUCAUGUCUACAAGACAGUAAACCAGGCUCACAUUCAGAGUUAUUUGAAAUGAUCACAGAGCUUGGUGAUGGAGGCUAUGGUUGCGUUUAUAAAGUGAAACAUAAAAUUGAUGGCAAAAUCUAUGCUUUGAAGAAGGUCAUCUUAACCAGGAAAGCUGAUUCUGAGGUGAAGGCACUGGCCCAACUGGAUCACCCAAACAUAGUGCGUUACAUUACAUCUUGGCCUGGUCCUGACAUCUGGACAUCAAACCAGCAAAGAAACCAAGUGUCUACCAGAACAUAUUUAUUUAUUCAGAUGGAGUUCUGUGAGAGAGGAACACUGACUGAUUGGAUACAGGCGAGAAAUGAUCUGAAAAAAUAUAGAACUAGAGUGGAAAUCCAUAAAAUAUUUUCUGAAAUUAUCACUGGAGUGGAAUACAUCCAUGCAAAAAAUCUCAUCCACAGAGACUUAAAGCCUGAUAACAUACUGUUUGUUGCUGAUGGGAAAGUGAAGAUCGGAGACUUUGGGCUGGUGGCGGCCCAGACCGAUCAGAAUGGUGACCCUAUAGAGAGGUCAAAGAGAAAAGGAACACCACCAUAUAUGAGUCCUGAGCAGGAAAAUAAGAAGAAUUAUGAUGAAAAAACAGACAUUUUUCCCCUUGGACUCAUAUGGUUUGAGAUGCUCUGGAAAAUAUCUACUGGGAUGGAGAGAGUGAAGCUGUGGUCAGAUCUGAGAAAUCAAAGGUUUCCAGAAGGGUUCAGUGACGAAUAUUCAGCUGAAAGUACAUUCAUUAUGAAGAUGCUGUCAUAUUCACCAGAGGACAGGCCUCAUGCAAAAGAUAUAAAAAGAGAUCUUCAGAUGUUUUUCUCUCUGGAACAGGAUCUGUUAAGCCAGAAAACAGUUUGAGAUUAUUGUGUGUAGAAACUCUUAAUCGAGUCUUUUGGAUUUAAUGAUUUACCACAGAUUACCCCUGACAGGCACCAACUUGUGUUUUUAAGAUUUUAUUCAUAAUUUAAUGAUUCAAUUGAUAAUAUACAACCCAAAAUGUUAAACAUAUGGGGAGUGAUUUUUGUAAUGGCUCCAUAAAAUUAGGAUGUAUUUACAUCUUAGAUAUACUUGCAACUAAAACAUAAUGGUUCAUAAUGUUUACAACAUAAUGUUGCAACUAAACUGCAACUAAAAUGCAGUAUUGUAUAAUAAAAAAACAUUUUGAA